UUCUAGAAAUUGAGGAAACAUAAAUUACGUAAAAGAAAUCGUGCGAACAAAGUGCUACAACCAAGGUAUUAUUUUGUUCGUUUUAUUAGUUGCGACAAUUAAGUGAGACAAAGAAAUUGGACGAAGGAUACGAUAAAGCGUGAUAUUGAUGGGUGAAUUGAGUAAUGGUGGCGGAAUGAUAAUGAUGAAUGAAGAUUGUUCCGGUGAGGAUGUUACUCAUUCAUUAUUGAUUCAACAACGGAAUGGAUCACCGAUGCAAUCAUCCUCAGGAAAUGAGGAUGAACAGAUGGAUGGCGAAGAAACGACAAGACGAAGCUUUAAAGGUCGAUCAGGACAAGAUAAGAAAAAUAACCAAAGUCAAGAUUUGUUGAAACAACAAGUUAACGAUUUAGCUAUACAAAUGACAUAUCUCUCCCAUCAGGUUACACUUUUGUUGAAUGCUCUUCAUGUGCCAUCUUGCCAGUGCGGUAUUUGCAAGCCAUACUAUCAAACUCAGGUCGAAAUGUUCAAAUUAUUAAAGGAUGGUGCAUCAAUACAGUUAUCACCAAAUAAAAUUAUUGAUAAUAAUAAAUCAACGAAUGUGGCACAAAAUGGUUUUAUCGAGAAACGACCAGUGAAAACUGAGAUGUCCAAAACUUCACCAACAUCAGUGGGAGCUGUGACAGCGGGAAAUAUUCAAGCAAUUUCAAACGUACCUUCAAUGAAUGAUUGUGAGGCAUUGCUGUCACAAAUUUUUACGCAAACCGGACUUCCUCUUAAUGGUGCUCAGGUUGCGGCAGCUGCAGCUGCCGCUACGGCGGGCUUACCCGCGGCAUUUGGCCUUGCCGCUGCUGCGGCUGGAACUUCAUUUACGAAACCACUUAGUGGGAAUGCUUCAAAUAAAGUUCAUCAGAACACAAACAGUAGCGGACGACGGUCGAAAUACUGUUCACCGGAAGAGAAGAAAGCGGUUGCAGAAUAUGCAGAAGCGCAUGGUCCCAGUGCAGCCGCUCGAAAAUUUGGUAUUCCUACUCCAGUUGCUGCCUAUUAUCAUCGGAAAGAAUAUAAACUGAAGCCAUCUGCAAUUGCGAUUGCACCGCAGAUGAUGCCUUUGGCAAAUGCUGCUUCCCCAGGUACGACCUCAGGUGACGAUCUGGAUAGCACGAAUGGUGAUUGCCAAAAUGGCCCAGUUCCAAGUGCCGUGAAAUUUUCCAAUUCAAAUGGUACUUCUAAGUCUUCGGAACAACACUCAAAACCAAAUCCGGCACAUAGCACCGGUAGUCCGGGUUUCUUACGAGGACGUGGCCGAGGGCGUCCGAAGUUAAUUGGGGAUGAACUUGAUGCCGAAUUAGUUGACUACAUGGUUCAGAUUAAGCAGUCCGAUCCACGAGGUCAUUUGACCGCAUCACAGGCACUUGCAAUCGCUCGGGCUUAUAUUAUGGAAAAGGCUCCUGGUCUUUUGGAAGAACACGGUGGUCAGAUUAAGCUCAAACUGACUUGGGCUAUGAAAUUAGUUGCUAGAAUCAGUGAACGACAAAAAGAGAUUGAAUUUGGUUUACCGGCUGGAACUAUUUCGAAUAUGACAAGGACGAUGUCGAAUCCAAGUUUGCCCGGUGGAAAUUUUAUGGCUGAUGUCGUUGCCCAAAAUCUUUUGAGUCAGCAAAUGACCCAGAUUAUGACUCAAGCAGUAUCAGGUUCAGCACCAGUAUCAGCUACACCACAAAUCCUGAAUAUACGUGAACUAGAAUUACCAAAACCUGAUGAUGGUGAUUUGAAAGGUGAAAUUGUUGACGCUGCUGAAAAUGAUACAAAGGAUGAAGAGAUGGAUGCUACAGAACAACAAUUUGAUACUGAUAUCGAAAAUCAGGCCGGUAAUAUUGGAAAUCAGACAGGUCAUAAGAAGACUUCUGCUCAGCAACAUUUUAUUCCAUCUAAUACCUUUUAAAAUAGGGCAGGAAUUAUGUCAUAGGUAACCAGGG